UUUAAAAUUAGAAAGUAAGGUGUGGGGUCCGUGUUUUAUUUUUUUAAAUUAGAAAGUAAUGUGUGGGGUCAGCAAGAAAUAUAUAAUAAUAUAAUAGCUGAGGGUAAUAAAGAGAAGGGAAAUAUGGUAGGGUAGUUAGAAAAGAAGUGGGGUAUUGAGAAUACAAAAUUUCCAACUGGGUCAAUAUAGAUUACUUUCCUAUAUAGAGUCACAUCCCCAACUAUGCUAGUCGUGGGUAAAGAGAGUACAAUGGCCGAGAAAAACGCAACGCCACUGCAACCGCCGGAAACGCAGGAGGAUGAGGAGGAGAAGAGGGAGAUGUAUGCUGUAUGGGCUGUACCAGAGGAAGACGUAGAAGAUCGGCUUCGAAGGCUAAUGGAGGGACUAAGGUCGGAGUUCGGUGGUCCACCGUUUGAUCCUCACUUAACGCUCGUCGGACCGCAGAAGCUUACUGCCGGCGAGGCAAAACUGAUGUUUGAGGCGGCGUGUGAAGGUUUUAAGGCGUAUCCGGCCACCGUUGACCAAGUCUCCGCAGCAACUUCCUAUUUUCAGUGUGUCUAUGUGUCUCUCCGGCACAACGUAGAGGUAAUGAAUGCUGCCGGACAUUUUAUGGGCCACUUCAAAGCCUUCACCGGAAAACUUUACGUGCCACAUAUGAGCAUACUUUACGGCGAUCUAACGGUGGAAGAGAAGAAGAAAGCGCUAGAGAAAGCUUCCACGCUUGAUUCGAGUCUAGACGGUCUGAAUUUUCGGAUAAAUCGAGUUGAGCUAUGGAUAACCGAUGCGGACGUUGGAUCUUGGGUGAAAAUCGACGAACACAAUCUAAUUUCUUAAAUGAAAUUUAUGAGAGAAAAACUAUUAUAGUUUUUGGUCUAUUUUCGAUUUUACUCUUGUGCUUAUUCGGUUUAAUUUAUCGGUUAUAAGGCUUAGUGUGGUAUAAUCAUGGUUUGGUUCAUAUUUGUUAUCGGUUGGACCUAUAUGAUGUUUGCAGUUUGCUUUUUUUAUUUGUUGUUGUUGCUUGCUACUAGUUUUGUGAUAAGAUCUAAUGACAAUGUGAAAUUUAUUAAGUCUCUGUUAAUAUGGAUAAACA